GGCCGGAGAAGACAUCAAGAUGCCUCCAAGCCGUUCAGAGUCCUAUUGGCUGCGAUUGUCGGUGGGGAUCAUGUUGUCCGUCAGCAAUCUCUUCCUCCUCAUCGCCAUCUCCACCAAUCGCUGGGCCGUCACCCCUGACAAUAGGAACUAUGCCGGAAUCUGGAAAUCCUGCAACAGACAAUUCUGCGUAUCCCACUCGGCAAUAAUCCAUUCCAAGGUCCUCCUGGUCUUCUUUCUCAUAUUUAACAUUUUAACCAACAUCUAUGUAAUAUUUACCCUUUAUGCUGGUGAAGAAGAUAGUAAGAGGUUAAUUGGAAGAGUGAGUCUCUUUAAUGCGGCGCUGGGAUUUCUUGGGAUGCUUUUUGCAUCGAUUUACUUUGGUUUGGCCCCUGAUCUGGGACACUUUUCAUACGGCUUCGUACUGGGCUGGCUGAGCUCAUGUCUGGUUACUAUAAGCGCUACCGUAAGUUUAAUUCACGCCUGUGUAGAACCUGACAAACCUUCCGCCGUAGUAGCAAAUCUGCCUUCCACUUCCAUACCAGCGAACCUGGUGCACGGCAUCGAUAAUUCAGCUUCCACCGUACAAGAAAAGCCGAUGUAUGGCAACGAUAAUCCGCCGCCAUACCCAGGAACCGAAGAGGUGCCGGCCACUGUAAUUGUCUCUUAAAGGGGAAAUACCUCCUGUAGACUCCUCAUGGGUGGAGAAGCUGACAAGAUAUCCCUCAUUUAUAGGGAAAUUCCUCAAAAAAAAAAAAAAUCAAAAAAUUCAAUUUCUUUCAUUCCUUAGGAAUUAUCCCUCCCUGUUUUUUUUAAAGGGGUACUCCGGUGGCAAACAUUUUAUUUACGGUAAAUCAACUGGUGCCAGAAAGUGAAAAUGAUUUGUAAAUGACUUCUAUUUAAAAAUCUUAAACCUUCCAGUACUUAUCAGCUGCUGUAUACUACAGAGGAAGAUCUUUUCUUUUUUGAAUUUAUUCACCACAGUGCUCUCUGCUGACAUCUCGGUCCAAAUCCCCCCCAGCAAACCAUUCCUGCUCUGGACGCCACGCCUCCUCUGAUAGACAUGAAUGGAGGGGGCGUGGCUUGACGUCACGUCCCCAGUCCCGGAAUCCCGGAGGUUUCCGAAACUAAAGACUUAUCACCUGCAUAGUAUGCGGGUGCUGCAGGGAGAUCACGGGGGGUCCCAGCAGCGGGCCCCCCGCAAUCAGACAUCUUAUCCACUAUCCUUUGGAUAGGGGAUAAAAUGUUUUUGCCAGGAAUACCCCUUUAAAGCAUUACUGUCUUUAGAAUUUUUUUUUUUCCAUUUAAUACUUCCUUAAAAACGAAGCAUUUUCCUAAUAUACUUCAUUAAAAAAAUAUUAUUGAAAAAGAUGGGAAAUAAAUGUUUAAAACCA